AUGACCGACACGAAAUAUGUUUCAUUACCUGGUAGCGAAUCGGAAGCUGGGCAAAACUCAGCAGCGGCUAGUAGUUCUAUUGAAGAUAGCUCGACAACUGAAAAUGAAGAAAAUCGUAACAUCGGGAAUCCGGAGAAUGAGAGAAUGCUCGUCAAAGAGAGAGACGAGGACACUAUAGUGGAAAUGGAGGAGCCGGAGGAACGCUGGGUCGAGCCCUCUGAUUACGACAUUGAUCAGUCAGAAAACGAACAGUCAUUACGCCCAUGUCUGAUAAUCGCUGCUGUUCUACUUCUUAUAUGGUUGAUUGCCGCCAUAAUAUACUAUACCUUGUUUGGGACGAAAAAUGAUGGUGGUGGAUCAGACACAUCAAAACGAAUAGGAUUUGAUGAUUUUCUCAGUGGAUUAUAUCGACCUAUUUGGAAAGAAUUGGAAUGGAGUGCAACAUCUGAAGAAGAUGGAGUAUUUGCGUAUCGAGAUAACUCUAAAAAUAUAAUAAUGGAGCAUAUUGCUGAUAAUUCAAAAAAGGUGUUGGUUUCCGGUGGAGAUAUUGUUGACCCUUAUGGCGAGCCAAUCGAUUAUUUUUCAUUUGAAGUCUCUUCUGACUCCUUGUAUGUGUUACUUGGUACCAAUCAAUUGAAGCAAUGGCGUUAUUCACAAUAUGCCAAUUAUUGGAUAUUUAAUAUCACGUCCAAAAAAACAUUUCCUCUGGUUCCUGACGAUCAACAUGCUAAGAUUGCAUAUGCUACAUGGAGUCCGGAAGGUCAUAGUGUGGCUUUUGUAAAAAAUAAUGAUUUAUAUAUUUCGAUAGAUUUGACUGAGGAACGACGUAUAACAUUUGAUGGUACUGACAAUGUAUUUAAUGGAGUUCCCGAUUGGAUUUACGAAGAGGAAGUUUUCGCUAGUAAUUAUGCAUUAUGGUGGUCACCGGAAGGAACAAAAGUUGCAUAUAUUCGAUUUGAUGAAACAGAAGUUCCCGAAUAUCGAUUUCCUUUAUACAUGAAAAGCUUUUUUGGAGAGCCAUAUACUGACGAGGUUGUUAUGAAGUAUCCUAAACCUGGGUAUCCUAAUCCUCGCGUAACACUUCAUAUAUAUGAUAUAGCAGAUUCAUCGGUAGUCGAGCAAUCAGAGGCUAUAUCAAUAGCAAAUGAUUUCGAUGAACAUGAUCGACUUAUCACUGAAGUUACUUGGGCCGGAGAUAAUUAUUUGCUUGUACGUGAGAUGAACAGAAUACAAGAUAUACAACGAGUUGUGCUUGUUGAUGUUGCUUCUCGUAAGGGAAAUACAGUCAGAGAAGAAAAUGCUGAAGAACAAGACGGAGGAUGGUUUGAAAUUGCUCAAAGUAUCGUUUAUAUUCCGGAAUCAGACACCCAUAAAAAAGACUCAUAUAUUGAUCUUGUCAACAAUAAUGGAUAUAAUCAUCUUGCUUUAUUUUCCCCGAUUGAUUCACCCAAUGCCACAUUUUUAACGAGUGGAGAAUGGGAAGUUGUUGAUGGAGUCGAAGCAAUUGAUUACGAUAAUGAGAUUAUAUAUUAUAUUAGCACAGAAAAAUCCUCGAUUGAAAGACAUAUAUACUCGAUCACUUUUGAUGGAAAACAUAAAACCGCGUUAACGGAUACUAGUAAACCUGGACAUUAUUCGGUUGAUUUUUCACCUGGCACUAAAUAUUAUAAUUUGAAGUAUGAGGGACCAGAUUUGCCAUGGCAAAAAGUCCUAAGAGUUAAUGAAUCAAAAUUUGAAAAUAUUUUAGAGGAUAAUACAUAUUUACGGCAUUUAUUAGAAAACAAAGAAUUACCAACCAUACACCGAACUUCAAUAAUUAGUGGAGGAAUAGAAAUGAAUGCACUGGAAAUUCGGCCUCCACAUAUGGAUAAAAGUGGGCACCAAAAAUAUCCAGUAAUGUUUCGAGUAUAUGGUGGUCCUUGCUCACAACUGGUCGAUAAUAGAUUCGGAAUAGAUUGGCAUACAUAUUUGGUAUCAUCCAUGAAUCCAAACUUCAUAGUCGUGAUAGUUGAUGGCCGAGGCACUGGAUUCAAAGGUCGUGCAUUUCGGGUGGGAGUUCGAAAUCGCUUGGGUGAAUUAGAGGCUACGGAUGUUGUUAAUGCAGGUCGAUAUUGGUGCAAUUUAAAUUACGUUGAUUGUGAUAGAAUAGGAAUAUGGGGAUGGUCCUAUGGUGCGUAUUUGACGGGUAAAGUUGUAGAAGCAAAUUCUGGGAUAUUUAAGCUGGCGAUUGCUGUUGCUCCUGUCACUGAUUGGAGAUUUUACGAUUCUAUUUAUACUGAACGAUAUAUGAAGACACCACAAUUAAAUCGUGAUGGAUAUCGACAAAGCGCAAUCUGGAAUAUGACUGGUUUUACUGCCGCGCUUGUUGAUCGCCUCACACUCGCUUCUAUACAUAAUUAUCAGGUUCAAUUUUUCACUGAUAGUGAUCACAGUAUGGCAAAAAAUAAUGCGUAUCGUGAGCUACAUUCGCUUAUGACCAAAUUUCUUGCAGAGAAUUUUGACUUAAAAGACCGAUAA